GGCUCACAAGCCUCUCCCGGCGUGCCCCGCGGCCCCGUGGCACGAGCGCUUCCGGGCGCGCGCUUCCGGUCGUCGUUGGUGGCGACGCUGAGGCGGUUCGCGGUCCGGCGACCCAGGCAGUGUGCAGGCAGCAGGAUGCCGUGCAGCUCGUGCCGUGAUGCUGCCGCCUCCCCCGGCGAGCUCCCUGUUCCAGCUUCCGCUUACUGUGGCCUCACCAGACCGAGGCAUCUGCGAGGGUCAGUGCUACCCCUCGGGGAGCCAGUCACCCCUGAAGAUGUGCAGGCUGAGCCCUGCCCUGUCUCUCUGACUCCUCUGGGGCAGCCUGUGUGCCUGUCUGAGCCCUUCUGACUGCAGCUGGAAAGAUGGCAGAGCUUCCUCCAAUGUGUGGUGUACCCAUGUGGCACCAGGGCUCAGUGAUAAGCUGCAGGCUGAGAGGUCACGGCAACCCCCUGCCCCCAGCCCUGGGAGAGCAGCAUGUGAUGGGCCCCCAGGGCUGGCGGCACCUGGAUCCAGUCCAGGUACAAACAACUUCUGGUGCCCACAGAAAUAAAGGUGUGCUGUGGAAAACCACCGGCCUGUGUCCUCAAGGUCACAGCCACCAAGGGCUUUAAAACCUGCUGGCUGACACCGCCCAGGCACUAUCUGGAAGCAGCAGGCAGAGGUGCGUGAGCUCUCGUGUUUCAGGAUGAGGGGUGUCAGGCUGGUGGGAGCGCUGCUCAUCAUGGCUGGCCUGCUGCAGGCAGUCCUGUCCCUGAAAAUAGCGGCCUUCAACAUCCGCUCCUUCGGGGAGACCAAGAUUUCGAAUGCCACCCUGGCUAGGUACAUCGUGCAGAUCGUGAACCGCUAUGACAUUGUGGUCAUCCAGGAAGUCAGAGACAGCCACCUGACGGCCGUGGGGAAGCUGCUGGACAAUCUCAACGAGAAGGCCCCCGACACCUUCCACUAUGUGGUGAGUGAGCAGCUGGGCCGCAGCAGCUACAAGGAGCGCUAUCUCUUCGUGUUCAGGCCUGACCAGGUGUCCGUGCUGGACAGCUAUCAGUAUGAUGACGGCUGCGAGCCCUGCGGGAACGACACCUUCAGCCGCGAGCCGGCCGUGGUGAAGUUCUCCUCCCCCAACACCCGGGUCAAGGAGUUUGCCAUCGCCCCCCUGCACGCAGCCCCAUCUGACGCAGUGCCUGAGAUCGACGCACUGUAUGACGUGUACCUGGACAUACGGAGGAGGUGGGACAUGGAGGACAUCAUGUUCAUGGGCGACUUCAACGCCGGCUGUAGCUACGUGGGCACCUCGCAGUGGUCGUCCAUCCGCCUGCGCACAGACCCUGCCUUCCUGUGGCUGAUCCCUGACUCGGCUGACACCACUGUCACCACCACCCACUGCGCUUAUGACCGGAUUGUGGUUGCAGGAGAACUCCUCCAAGACGCCAUCGUUCCUGGCUCAGCCAGACCCUUUGACUUUGAAGUGGCGUAUGGGCUGAGCAACGACCUGGCCCUGGCCAUCAGUGACCACUAUCCAGUGGAGGUGACACUGAAGCGAGACUGAGGGGGCUGCCCUUUUAAUUUAAAUAAAGCCAGGAAGCUGU